CUUCUUUAUGAUUUGUAGGAUUUUGCUCCUUGAACUAUCUAUAGAUUAGGAGUCAUACUCUAGGAAUUAUAUAUAUUCCGUAUUGUUCCAUUCAAAAUUCCAUUCGUAGCCACUCCCAUCAUCAUAUACCAGCUUCACAACCAACACCUACCAUCAGCUCUAAGCCGGGUCUCAAAAUGCCAAUGAAACUCGAAGGAAGCUGCCAGUGCGGCGGCGUCGAAUUCACCGUCGACAGCAACACCCCCGUCCCCUACCAACUCUGCCCCUGCAGCAUCUGCCGCAAAGUCGGCGGCUACAACGGCGCCGUCAACCUCGGCGCCAUAACCUCCUCUCUCGACAUCAAAAAGGGAAAGGAACUAAUCAAGAAGUACAGCGCGAUAAAAGACAGGGGCACCAAAAAAGAGCAGAAAUGCACAUCCGAGCGCUCAUUCUGCUCGAACUGCAGCACGAUGUUGUGGAAUUACGAUGCGGAGUGGCCGGAGCUGAUUCAUCCUUUUGCGUCGGCGAUUGAUACGGAGUUGCCGGUGCCGGAGGAGAUGGUGUGUAUUUUGGAGGGGAGCAAGCCGGAGUGGGUGCGGUGGCCGGAGGGGAAGAAGGUCGUGGUUAAGAAGUAUCAUCUUAGUUUGGAGGAUUGGCAUAGGGAGAAGGGGUUGUAUGUUGAGUAGAGGCGGGAAGAUGGCCUUAAGGUUGUUCCUUUGGGGUUUCAACAAUAUGAGGGAGCUAUUACUUUUCGUGUCCGGACAUACCAUGCAUAUCAAAAUGCACGUAAUGCGUUGGAACAUGGGACAUAUUUUUAUCACUCCAAAUGAAAGCAAGCCUGAACAAUUUAUACAACAGUACUUAUUAUGCACACGUUGA